AUGGCCCCCGUAAUAGCAAGAACAAACGCCACAGCUGCCGUUGCUGCAGGCUACAAAGAGGACCACGCAAAGGGUGCUAUGCUCCGUUUCCAGGAGUCACUCCCUAGACUUCCAGUACCGACACUGCAAGAGACCGCCGACCGCUACGUCAAAUCAGUGCAUCCUCUUCUUUCUGCCGAAGAGUUCGAGUCUACAAAAUCCGCCGUCAGCGAGUUCAUCAAGCCCGGUGGUAUCGGCGAGGAGCUCCAGAAGAAGCUGAUCGCGAAGGCUGAGGAUCCAAGUGUCAAGAACUGGCUUGCGGACUGGUGGAAUCACUACGCAUACCUGGCGUACCGUGAUCCUGUAGUCCCCUACGUCUCGUACUUCUACUCCUACAAAGAUGACAAGAAGAGGCGUGACCCGGCGAAGAGGGCUGCGGCCAUCUCAACCGUGGCACUGGAGUUCAAGAAGAUGGUUGACUCAAAAUCUCUGGAACCCGAGUACAUGAGGAAGCAGCCCAUGUGUAUGGACUCGUACAAGUACAUGUUCAACACCUGCCGUAUCCCUAAGAAGCCUGCCGAUGAGCCACUCAUCUACCCGGCCUCCGAGCACAAGCACUUUGUCGUAAUCCGCAAGAACCGCUUCUUCAAGGUUCUUCACGAAGUUGAUGGAGUACAGCUCAACGCACAGGAGCUGGAGGCCCAGUUCAACCGCGUCUACGAGAUCGCAAACUCCGAGAAGGCCCCCGCCAUCGGAGCCCUGACCUCCCAGAACCGCGACAUCUGGACCGACGCCCGCGCAACUCUCCUAGAAGCUGACCCCCAGAAUGCCCAAUCUCUCGCCGAGAUCGAGUCUGCCUCAUUCGUCGUUUGUCUCGACGACACCGCUCCCGUCACCUUCGAAGAGCGUGCCCACCAGUACUGGCACGGCGACGGCCAGAACCGCUUCUACGACAAGCCCAUCCAGUUCAUCGUCAACGAGAACGGCACCGCUGGGUUCAUGGGCGAGCACUCGAUGAUGGACGGUACCCCCACUCACCGCCUUAACGACUAUAUAAACGAAGUGAUUUUCAAGAACAAGAUGGACUUCACCGCCGGCAGCGUCCGCAGCCACCUUCCAGAGCCCGCACCAAUCCACUUCACAGUCAACGAUGCCGUCAACGAGACCAUUGAUGCCGCCCAAAAGGCCUUCCGCGAAGUGAUUGGUAAGCACGACCUCCGCGUCCUGGCCUACCAGGGCUACGGAAAGGGCCUCAUCAAGAAGUUCAAGUGCUCUCCCGAUGCCUAUGUCCAGAUGGUGAUCCAGCUGGCCUACCACAAGAUGUACGGCAAGAAUCGCCCCACCUACGAGUCCACGGCGACCCGCAAGUUCCAACAAGGCCGUACCGAAACCUGCCGUACCGUCUCUGACGAGUCCGUCGCGUGGUGCAAGGCAAUGGCCGACCCAGAUGUUGACGCAAAGGCCUGCAUUGACCUCUUCCGCAAGGCCAUCAACGCCCAUGUCAAGUACAUCACAGACGGGUCCGACGGCCGUGGUGUCGACCGUCACCUCUUCGGUCUUAAGAACCUUGUCCCCAAGGGCCAGGAGCUGCCCGCGAUCUACAAGGACCCCGCAUACAGCUACUCCAGCAGCUGGUUCCUGAGCACCAGUCAGCUGAGUUCAGACCACUUCAACGGAUACGGGUGGAGCCAGGUCAUUGAUGGCGGGUUCGGAAUCGCAUACAUGAUCAACGAAACCAACUUGCAGUUCAACAUUGUCAGCAAGAAGUUGGGCGCCGAUAAGAUGCACUUCUACUUGACGGAUGCGGCGAAUGACAUGAGGGAGCUGAUGGAGACGGAGCUUGUAGUCGAGCCCCCUAAGUCUAAGCUGUAG